AUGGCUGACGUGAAGAGUCCCGUCUCUAAUCCUCGCGAGGAGGUACCCAGAGACCCCGAGACACAGCAGGCGGAAUUAACCGAUCUCCCCCACGGGAUCGAUGUCGAGCAAUACAGGGCUACAGUGCCGCGAUGGAAGCGAAUUUGGCAACACAGCUUGACGCAGAUGGUACUUCUUAGUAUCCAAGCAUUUUGUGGACCAGCCAUGUCGGACGCAAUUACUGGCUUGGGCGGGGGUGGUCUUGCCACUCCACAGGUGUCCAAUAUCUCAACGGCAAUUAGAUAUGCUAUGCUUGCUGUCGGCGGUCCCAUCGUCAAUAAGAUUGGCGUUAAGUGGGCCCUCGUCAUCGGCUCGAUGUCUUUCCCCAUCCAAGGAUCUGCUUACUACUGUAAUAGCAAAUUUGGAAACCAAUGGUAUCUUAUUCUGAGUGGCGCUAUCAGUGGAAUCGGAACGGCAUGUUGGUAUGUUGCUGAAGCUGGAGCUAUCAUGACACUUGCACCUUCUGGCGCUCGUGGAAAGUAUUUGGCCUUGUGGAUUGUGUCGCGGAAUCUUGGACAGCUUGUUGGAGGUGCUAUCAAUCUUGCAAAGAACCACGAGAAGGGUGCCGAAGGCGGAAUUUCUCCUGAUACUUAUGUGGCUUUUGUGAUAAUCGAGAGUCUUGCUGUUAUUCUAAUUUUAUGUUACGGUCUACCUUUCGCCCUCUUGAUUAUUCCUUUCGAGCGCGUUGUCCGCUCUGAUGGUACUAAGAUUGUCACUGCCGAGACACUCUCCACGAAGCAGGAGUUGAGACGCAUCGCGAAGACUGUGACAUCAAGACUAAUCAUGCUCUCUUCUCUGUGGGCAUUAUGGUCGUUCUUCUACAGCGGAUCCUGGUCCACCUACCUGGGAAUCUACUUCUCCGUCCGCGCCCGCGCCCUCUCAUCUCUCGUAUCGCCAUUCUUCUGCAUCGUCGGCUGUUUCGGCCUCGGCUUCAUCCUCGACAUGAAAGGUCUCAGUCAGCGCCGCCGGGCCCAAAUCGGAUUAUACACCGUCAUAAUUCUCAAUGUCGGCGUCUAUAUCUGGUCCAUUAUCAUGCAGGUCAAAUUUGACCAUCACAACCCUGGCCAUAUCGAUUGGGACGAUGGGAUCUACGCCAAGUCGUUUCUGCCGUAUUUUUUCGUGCAGACGACAGGGCCACUGUCGCAGUCGUAUAUGUAUUGGCUCCUGUCUUCUUUUGCAACUGAUGCCCAAGAAAAUGUGCGUAAUGGAGCUGCUUUUAGAUGCAUUGAAGCUGUUGGUCAGGCCGUUGCCUAUGGUAUGAAUACUCAGACAACAAGUGACCCUAUAAUUGGAUUUGGUGUGACGUUCGGAUUACUUGGUGCUGCCAUUGUUCCCAUGAUCAUGCUGGUGAAUUCGACCCCGGAUCAGAUCCCGGCGGAUGUUGUCGCUGAACAGCAAAAUGCGGCAAGGGAAAAGCUUGAGGGUGCUUAA